AUGGCUAUUGCCACAGUUGUUCCAAUUGCAGAAAUUCUCAAAAACAAUGGGCUGGCUGUUGAGAAAAAAAUCAUGACAUCAAUUGUUGUAUUUUUCAGGAUGUCUAAUGAUAAUCACAUUAAUCGUGUCAAAAGGCCCAGAUAUAAAGAAAUUGAUAAAUGGUUUAGUAGAAAGAGUGAUCAACCAUCAGCCUGUUCACAACCUUCUGUAAGCACUCCAAUUGCUAUUGAAGUAAAUGAAGAACCAUCUUCUGAGUCUACUUUACCUAAUUCUUUGAGGGACGAGUUUGAUCCACUUGGUAAUGACAAUGCCAUUGAACGUGAUCCAGGCAAACGGUGUCCUACAUGGAAGUAUCCUGUGAAUCGACGUGAAGCCAUUCGAAAAGCUUAUAUUGCAUUGGGUCCAUGUCAACCUAAGCUGAAAUGUUAUCCUUUUUCAGUUCAUGGGGCACAAAAUCGUAAGUUUAACUUUAAUUGGUUUGAAGGUCAUCCUUGGCUUGAGUACUCGGUGGAUCAAGACAAGAUAUAUUGUUUUCCAUAUUUUCUAUUUGAUAGAGAAAACACUCCUCACCUUGUGUUUACUAUAGAUGGGUUGAGAAAUUGGAAGGAUAAACAUGUGAUCAAGGUACAUAUGGGGGUUAAAGACAGUCCACACAAUGAAGCCAUGGAGAAGUGGUACUUACUGAGAAAUGUGGCUACUCAAAUUGAAAGAGUUUUUGUAAAAAAUUCAACAAAAGAGGUGGAUCAUAAUCGAUUAAGGUUGAAGGCUGCAAUAGAGGCUGUGAGACUUCUAGCAAACCAAGGACAAGCAUUUAGAGGCCAUGAUGAAUCUGACAGCUCUCUUAAUGGUGGAAAUUUUAGGCAAGUUAAGAAAUCUUAUGAAAGAAUGGCUAGUGAAGAUGAUAUGAUGAUAUUGCAAAAUGGUCCUACAAAUGCCAAGUACACAAGUCAAGCUGUUCAAAAGUAG